CACGUCAGAGCAGACCCGCCUCCAGCCUGCGUUGGUCCGGUGCGUCUCUUUGCUUCUGUCCGCUUCCAUCCUUACUCCACCGGGGAAGAAGGAGGGAGAGAGAGAGCCCGCGCAGGACCCGUCAAGGAAAAAGAGCGAACUACUCCGAGGAAGAAAGAAGAGAGGGGACACAAAUGGCACUCAUGGCGGGGAUUGUGUUGACGGUCGCCUUUCUUGUUUCUGUGAUUUCUACACUUGUUUCUCCCACUCGGACAUAUCCGCCGAAUGAAGUCACGUUAUUGGACUCCAGAGCGGCACAGGGGGAACUGGGAUGGGUCGCCAAUCCGACAGAAGGAGGGUGGGAAGAGGUGAGCAUCAUGGAUGAGAAGAACAUUCCCAUCCGGACGUACCAGGUGUGUAACGUCAUGGAGCCAAACCAGAACAACUGGCUCCGAACAGACUGGAUUCCCCGUGGCGGUGCCCAGCGUGUCUACAUCGAGAUCAAGUUCACCCUCCGAGACUGCAAUAGCCUUCCUGGGCUCAUGGGGACCUGUAAAGAAACCUUCAAUCUUUACUACUAUGAGUCGAACAACGACAAAGAGCGCUACAUCCGUGAGAACCAGUUUGCCAAAAUUGAUACUAUCGCCGCUGAUGAGAGCUUCACCCAGGUGGACAUUGGUGACCGCAUCAUGAAGCUAAAUACAGAAGUGCGUGAUGUGGGCGCCCUGACUCGGAAGGGCUUCUAUUUAGCCUUCCAGGAUGUCGGCGCGUGCAUCGCGCUUGUGUCAGUAAGGGUCUUUUACAAGAAGUGUCCUUUGGCCGUGCGGAAUCUGGCCCAGUUUCCUGAUACCAUCACUGGAGCAGAUACCUCCUCGCUGGUGGAGGUUCGUGGCUCAUGCGUGGAUAAUUCCGAGGAGAAAGAGAUUCCAAAGAUGUACUGUGGAGCAGACGGAGAGUGGUUGGUGCCCAUUGGGAACUGCCUCUGCAACCCUGGAUUUGAGGAACGCAAUGCGGACUGCCAAGCCUGCAAGAUUGGUUACUACCGUGCUCUGGCCGCUGAUGGCGCCUGUUCCAAAUGUCCACUCCAUAGUUACUCCGUUAGGGAGGGCUCCACAUCCUGUACCUGCGACAAGGGAUACUUCCGCUCUGAAACUGACCCAGCAUCCAUGCCCUGCACCCGACCUCCAACAGCGCCACUUCACCUCAUCUCUAAUGUGAACGAGACCUCCGUCAACUUAGAGUGGAGCCCGCCAAGGAACUCUGGAGGACGGCAGGAUCUGACCUACAACGUAGUGUGUAAACGUUGCGGGCCUGACGGCCGGCGGUGUCAACCGUGCGGCAACGCCAUCCAUUUUAGCCCCCAGCAGCUGAGUCUGAAGGGAACCAGCGUGUCCAUCAAUGAGCUGCAGGCCCAUACUAAUUACACCUUUGAGGUGUGGGCGGUGAAUGGCGUCUCGCCACAGAGCCCCGGGCCAGAACAGGCGGUGUCUGUGACCGUCACCACCAACCAGGCUGCCCCAUCCCCAGUAACAUCCGUCCAAGCCAAGAACAUCACUAGACACACCAUCUCGCUGGUCUGGCAGCCUCCAGAACGAGCCAAUGGGGUGAUACUUGAGUACGAAGUCAAGUAUUAUGAAAAGGACCAGAAUGAAAAAAGCUACAGGAUCAUAAAAACCUCAUCCAGGAACGCUGACAUCAAGGGUCUCACUCCCUUAACUUCUUAUGUGUUCCAUGUGCGAGCACGUACAGCGGCCGGCUAUGGGGAAUGCAGCGGACCUUUUGAGUUCAUGACUAACUCUGUGCCAGCUCCUAUAAUCGGCGAUGGAACAAACUCUACUGUGCUGCUGGUGUCCGUGGUUGGCAGCGUGGUGCUCCUCCUCCUGCUCAUCAGCGCUUUUGUCAUCAGCCGAAGACGGAGUAAGUACAGCAAGGCCAAGCAGGAGUCAGAUGAAGAAAAGCAUUUACAUCAAGGAGUGAGGACAUAUGUGGACCCCUUUACCUACGAGGACCCAAACCAAGCUGUCCGCGAGUUUGCUAAAGAGAUCGAUGCAUCCUGUAUCAAGAUCGAGAAAGUUAUUGGCGUUGGGGAGUUUGGUGAGGUCUGCAGCGGACGUUUAAAGAUGCCGGGGAAAAGAGAGAUCUGCGUAGCCAUAAAAACGCUAAAAGCCGGAUACACCGACCAGCAGAGGAGGGACUUCCUAGCUGAGGCCAGCAUCAUGGGCCAGUUUGACCACCCCAACAUCAUCCACCUUGAGGGUGUGGUCACUAAAUGUAAACCAGUGAUGAUUAUCACCGAAUACAUGGAAAACAGAUCGCUGGACGCAUUCCUGAGGAAGAACGAUGGUCACUUCACAGUGAUCCAGCUGGUCGGCAUCCUGCGUGGGAUAGCAUCAGGCAUGAAGUACCUGUCAGACAUGAGCUACGUCCACCGUGACCUGGCAGCGCGGAACAUUCUGGUCAACUGCAACCUGGUUUGCAAGGUGUCCGAUUUUGGCAUGUCUCGUGUGCUGGAGGACGACCCCGAGGCUGCUUACACCACCAGGGUGAGUAGUGCGAGUGUUGUGUGGGAGCAAGGUGACACUGACCUGACUGUGUCAUCGUCAACUUUUAUUCAUCGCUACUUUUGCUUAUUACAGGGAGGGAAGAUUCCCAUCCGUUGGACUGCUCCUGAGGCCAUCGCUUACAGGAAGUUUACCUCAUCCAGCGAUGUCUGGAGCUAUGGCAUUGUCAUGUGGGAGGUGAUGUCAUACGGCGAGCGGCCAUACUGGGACAUGAGCAACCAAGAUGUGAUCAAAGCAAUUGAUGAGGGCUAUCGGCUGCCCCCACCGAUGGAUUGUCCCGUGGCGCUCCACCAGCUAAUGCUGGACUGCUGGCAGAGAGAGAGAGCGGAGCGACCAAAGUUCGGCCAGAUUGUCAACAUGUUGGACAAGCUAAUUCGUAACCCCAACACUUUGAAGAGGACCGGGGGAGACAGCACUGUCAGGCCUGCCACUAUUCUGUUGGAGCCCAGUAGCCCUGAGGGUUCGUCGGCCGUGGGCACAGUGGAGGACUGGCUUCAGGCCAUCGGCAUGGAGAGAUACAUCGACAACUUCACUGCCGCCAGCUACACCACUCCUGAGGCAGUGGUCCACAUGACACUAGAGGACCUGACCCGCAUCGGCAUCUCCGCCGGAGCACACCAGAGCAAGAUCCUGACAAGUGUCCAGGGAAUGCUCUCCCAAAUGCAACAGAUGCAAGGCAGAAUGGUUCCCGUCUGAGACAUUUCAAAACGGAAGGAAAAAAAGGAGCGAAGUGACUUCAUUUCCUAGAAAAACAACAAAAUACACACACAAAAAAAGACAUUUGAAACGAGAAAAACUAUGAAGAAAUAGUUGACCUCAUCCGUGCACUUUAACUUUGCUCUGAAAGAAAAGUGGGGACAAUGGCACUUUUUGUAAGAUUCAGACAUUUCUUCUGCCCUUUUUUGUUGAACGCAUUUGAGGAUAGAUGGAGGAACGUCUUGGAAGUGUUUCCAAAAGGCCAAUCUGGAGUGCCUUUGUUGGAUUGGAAGGAACAGCAAAACAGACGGGAACGCUUUCCUUUCGGGCAAAGUGUUUUUUUCUGAAUGAUACGCAGAGCAGUUUUUUUUUUUUUUGUACAUGUUUAUCGUCUCCGUGGGACUUCCCUGACCACCAUUGUUCUGUCUCAGCUGGAUCUGUUCAAUAACUCACACACAAAAUGGAGGAUCUUAUCUGUCAGACUUCCAGUGUUGGCUUUGGCGGCACAAUGGGGACUUUUUUUUGUUGCUCCAUUCUGGACUUUCUUGUCGUUUUUUGCCGCCUGUUUUUGAUCUCGCAGAGAAACUCCCAUUUCUUCCUCAACAUGUCCUCCCUCACCUUUGCUGAACAAGCGGUGGAGGUCGUCCCUCAGCACUAGAGCCUUGGCGGCUCCCACAUCCUGCUGCAGGACCACCUGACUCUUCCUCACCGAUCUCAAUGGAAUUUUGUUUGGCUGGACUUAAUUGGGUUUAUUCAUGCAGCAAGACAAAGGAACAUAUGGCAGGAUUUAAUCAAAAGGAUGUCUGCAACAAAUGCAAUAUGGAUGCGGAGUGAAUCACAAUCAUCACCCUCCACUGAGGAUUAGUCAAGCUGUUAUCAAGCCCCGUGUCUCAGGUUUUGCUGUGCACCUCUGCUGAUACCAUUCCUUUCUGGACAUUGAUUGCCUUCCCUAAUCCUUGACACCUCAGUUGGACUUUUGGACGCCUCUCUCCUGCCCCACGACCCCGAUUGGACCACAGACUUCUUUGCUUCUUCCCUCUGGACUUGAAUGCUACUACAUCCACCACGCACUUCAACAAACCCUACGCGUCUGCCGUUGUUCCUGUGUUGGCGAGCUGUGCGUCUCGUCACUUUUCUUGUUCCUUUGCUUCCCGGAUUGCCCUUUUGGAUUGCCUUUUUGGAUUCUCAACCUCCCGGUUGGACACGACUCUCCCCGGAUUGCCUGCCUGCCCAACGGACUGUAUUCCUGCCUUGUCCCUCCUCUCGCCCCAACACAACAUUAGGUAACCCACUACAGCUAUAAUCACACACAUAGGCGCACACCACAUACACUUUUGGAUUUUGUCACACUCCAUUUCCUUAGUUUAAGUAUAUUUAGUAUUGUUUGGUGUAUAUAUAUAAUAAAUCUUAGAGCUACAUCGUU